AGGUGGUAGACUGUUUAAACAUAUGCUUAUUUUUAUAUGCUAUGGCAUGUUUGAGUUAUGCUUCCUUCUGUCAUUAGGCAUACUUUUCUCUUAAUUUAGGCUCUUGCUUUAUUCUUCUGAGAAUGACUCAUUCAAGCAAUCGCUAGUAAAAACUGGAAAUAUAAAAGCUGUUCUUGGGCUAAAGGACAGGAGGCUGGUCAGCAGCAGCAGGACCGUGCAAGAGCAGCAAGUGGAAAUAGUAUCGCUUUCAGAGACGGGAAGGAGCAAGGACGGACAAACUUUGAUGGCCCCUGAAGAAACUGUUUUAGCUUUUGCUGAAGUAGAAGGAAUGAGAGACGCCUUGGUUGGCACCACUGCAGUGAACAGCAUUGUUGUUUGGAAUCUGAAAACAGGCCAGCUCCUGAAGAAGAUGCAUGUUGGUUAUUCCUACCCGGCUUCCAUCUGCCAUAGAGCAUAUUCUGACUCUGGCCUUCUGUUUGUUGUUUUAAGUCAUCCACAUGCCAAAGAGAGUGAGUCCUGUGGAAACCCCGCGUUCCGCGUGAUAGCGUUCAACCCCAAAACAGCCAGGAGCAGGGGAGUGAUGUUCUCCUCCCUCCCACCUGGGCAUGCUGGAAGGUACCUGGAGGGUGACGUGAAGGAUGCUUCUGCCACAGCCGUGCUGACGUCGGGAGCCAUCGCCGUCUGGGACCUGCUGCUGGGACGCUGCACGGCCCUGCUGCCCCCGGACCCGGAGGGGAGCUGGGCGCUGGCCCGUUGGGCCACCACCAGCGCCUGCCUGCUGGCCGGGCAGCGGGACGGGACUGCGCCGCGGGAGGCCUGGCAGCCGUGCCGCCGCUUCUCCGACCUGCCGCCCCUGACCUUGGCGGACAUCAAGGAGCGCGUCCUCUACGUCCUCAAGCUGUACGACAAGAUCGACCCGGAGAAGCUCACAGCUGAGUCCCACUUCAUGAAAGACCUGGGUUUGGACAGUUUGGACCAAGUGGAAAUCAUCAUGGCUAUGGAAGACGAAUUUGGAUUUGAAAUUCCUGAUGGAGAUGCAGAAAAGUUGAUGUGUCCACAAGAGAUUGUAGAUUACAUUGCAGAUAAGAAGGAUGUUUAUGAAUAAAAACAGUUCUUCAAAGCCGGGAGAUGUCUCUACCACCAGGACUGGGCUGGUGUCAGCGGGUAUGAAUAUAAGCGCACAUGCUGUACCAUUGCUGCUUUCAUCGGAAAGUUGUACUUGGACGUUGUAUUUAAAGCUGUCUGAAUAUAUUGUCCUUUAAAAACAAGGAAAAAAAAAAGGAAUAAAUAUAUAAGGCCAUG